AUGUAACCCAGUUUGUUUUAUGUAAAUCUUGCCAUACUAAUGAUUGGUCAAUUCAUUUGCCAGUAGUUAUGUAAUAGACAAUUGAAUUAUUCAAUCUGACUGAUAUUUAAGGUUUUUUUUAAAACUGUUUAACAGACUUAAUCAAAAAGUAUCAAAUUGUGAAAUUCUUAAUUUAAGAAAUUAUUGUUUCAAACGGUACAAUUUAUUCAAUUGAUAACAUCCGUUGCACAAUAAAAACAAUCAGUCCUGCGAUCCUACAUUUUUAGCAGACGACAUAGAGACAAACGUAAGUGAAAGUUUCAUUAUAACACAUAUUUACAGGUAGUCUAUAUUUAAUCAUCCUCACUAAAAGGUGAAUUUUAAGUCUCUGUAGAUUAUUUAUAAAAUAGUUAUAUUUUCUUCUUAUAAGAUUUAGAGAAAUAAUGAUUUUCAAUUAUUUCCCACGUUAUCGCCCGUUUGUUUACUUGAACACAAACAUGUUUGCUAAUAUUUCAAUGCAGAUUCAUUCAUUACAAAAGACUAUUAGUUUGUUUCCUCUCUAGGUAAUGUCAAACGAACAUAACGCAAAUCUACUCUCCUUGUUCAGUUCUAUUAAAGCUGAUGAAAUAAAUGAUGGAUUGGCUGAUACAUUCGAGGGAUCCCUGCAGGGACUUGGCUUUGAUGUUAACAAUUACACAUAUAACAUGAGGUAGUAUACCUUGAAUAUACACUCUUUUAGAAAUAACUUAAUCAAGUCUAUCACUAUUAAAUUCUACGUCCGUCUAAAUAUUUUUUAUAUUUAUCCUCUUGAGAUUGACCCAUGUGAGGAUAUUAUAUCCAAGUUUGCAUGAAAAUGAUAUUCUGCUCUUAGAUAUCUAAUAUUAUUUUUUUUUGAAUCCAGUCUAAUAAAAUAUUCUAUUAGAUGGUCUGAGAAGAGCUUUCUUUUAUUCAGAGCAAAAGAAUUGUCUUUUUUUUAAAAGUAUCUGCUCCCAAUUUAUUUCUUGUUUUGUUGAUCAUUAAGAUAAUUAAUAUCUUAUUUUUUUCAAUACUUGUUAAACUUUAAUAUCUUGAAGAAUUGCUCUUUUUAUUUUAAUUUCUUUUCUUUUUUUAAAAAGCAAUUGAGAGAUCCAAUUAAAAUUUUUUAAAUUAACCUAUACGAAACCUUCAAUUUCCUCUAUUAGUCCAGUCAUAUCUUAUUAAUUAACCUUUUUUAACAGCGAUGCUCUACAUGCACUACCGAAAUUUAAGGAUGAAGAUGAAAAUGAUACGAUAGAACAUGCCUCUACUCUUAUUAUAUCAACUGCUGAAGAAAAGAUUCCUUUAGAUUAUCUUUUGGUUGCUGCAACUUCUGCCGCUACUAAGGAAACAGAAGAAACUCUCACGUAUCUUAAUCAAGCGCAAUCUUAUGAAUUGAAGCUUGCUAGAAAGGACAAUGGUAUUGGUCCUCUCCAGAGCAUCGUAAGGGUUCUGUUUCAUGAAAGGAGAAUGCAAUAUUCUGAAAAAGAGCAGUUAGAAAGUUGGAAGAACGAUCAUCCCGGAAGAAGAUUUAUGGAUGUUGAUGUUCCCUUAUCAUUUGGCAUAACAGAUAUCGUAGUGCAUCCAGAUGUUUUGAAUGCAGUAACAGUUCAUUGGAGCGAGAAAUGUUCUUUAUUUAUAAAGGUUCAUUGUAUAAGCACUGAAUUCACGCAACGAAAACACGGAGGAGAGAAAGGAGUACCAUUUAGAAUUCAAGUAGAAACGUAUACUGAAAAUGGAGAGAAAAUUUUACACUGUGCAGCUUGUCAGAUUAAAGUUUUCAAACCAAAGGGAGCUGAUAGAAAGCAUAAAACAGAUAGGGAGAAAAUUGAAAAAAAGCCAGAAUCUGAACGUGCUAAAUACAGACCUGUAUCAAAUGUUACGAAAUUAGUAGAUGUACCUCUUGAAGUCGUUCAACAUUAUUUGAUUAUGAAUCCAAAAACUGUAAACUUUGAAUUAGAAAAUCCGCCAGACACUCCAUCAAAUACCCCUAUAGCAAGUCCUUCAGGAACGGUAAAAUGUCUAACAACGACAAAUGUUACUACAACUGCUUCAACCACAAUAAAGACUAUCAGUUCAAAUGUUUCUGCGAAUUCAACUUCGGCUGAAGUUGUUGAUUGGUUAAAUAAUAACAGGUUUUCAAGUUAUAGUCGAGUGUUUGAGAAUUUUUCCGGCAGUGAUUUACUUCGGUUGACAAGAGACGAGUUAAUACAAAUUUGCGGUUUAGCUGAUGGUAUUCGAUUAGACAACGCUCUUCAAGUGAAAAAUGUGAGGCCAAGAUUAACUCUGUUUGUAUGUCAAGAAACUAGAUCAAGUAGAAGAGCAAGCGAAAAAGGAGAAGAGCAUACAAUAACGAGAGUAAGAUCUGAAGGUUCGCUCUCCUCAGCAGAUGAAGAUACUUUGCUAACAUCUCUUAAAUUUAACACUACUAAGGAUAUCAAGCCAAUUCGAAAAUUAGUAAAGGGAAAACGCUGUAAUUUCUCCGGCAAUGCUUUCAGGGAUAAUCCUCCAAUAAAAGUUCCCAAUCCCACCUCAAAGCGUCACAAAGAAAAUGAUGGUAACGUUUCAGAUGACGAAGCUUACUAUUUUAAGAAACAGAGAAAGAAUCUCGAAUUAUCUAGAAAAAAUGUUUAUCACGCAAUUUAUUUAGACAACACUACAAUUUCCCAAUUAAAAGAAAAACUUGCGAUUUUACUAGGCGUUGAUAUUAGCCUAUUAGGAGAAGUAUAUACCAUAGAAAAAGAUGGAAUAUAUGUUCUAGUUACCGAUCAGGUUGUUCACAGUAUAAAAGAUAAAUCUACAUUUGCUUUAGAUACAAAUGAAAGCGAUGAAGGAUCAUAUUUCAGAGUUUUUAUGCGAUUGUUGGAAGAAGAUUAAUUCUAUUUUUCUUAUUUUUAACAUAAAACGAAAAGAAAGUAAAAAAAAGUAAAAUUUUCUUUUCAGUGUCUGUUUCAGUGUUAAUUUCUCUUUUUUUUUGUUUCUUUGUAAAGAAAAAGCAAAGAAGGAAAAAAAAAUUGCGAAAAUUAUACUUUUGUUUUUUAUUAUUUUGAUAUCUUUGUCUUGUAGUUUUGUCGAAUGAAGAAAAUUAAUAGUCCUAUUGUUUAAGAAAAAGAGAUAAAAUAAAUGAAAGUUUUUGUCAUUUAGAAGCAUUCUAAUAAUUAAAACUACGGACUUAAUUUAUAUACACUAUAUAUAUUAAAUACACUAAUUUAUGCUCUGUUUUAAGGAGUAUAAGUGUGAAUGGUGCGUUUUUUCUCAUUUUUUUUAUCUUUUUUUAGUAUAAAAACUAUUCUAUGACAAUAUAUCUUGUUAAAUUGUUAAAUAAUCAACAAUAGCUUUUAAUAUUAACCAACAG